AGGAGGAGUCUGGGCUCUCACCUCCAAAGUGAUCCUUCUUCCCUGCCACGUCCAGUGACCAGCCAACAGCAGCCGCCUGAGCCAUGAAGCUGGUGGUGGUCCUCAUGCUGAGCGCCCUCCCCCUUUCCUGCUAUGCCGGUUCUGGCUGUGCAUCGUUGGAGGACAUGAUUGAUAACACCAUUGAUCCUUCGGUGACGGAGGAUCAAUACAUCGAAGGUCUUGAAGAGUUCAUACCGGGUGAUGACACUGAACAGUACCUCAGGGAAUUUAAGCAGUGCUUUCUCAACCAGAGUAACAGAACUCUGAGCACUUUCAGCGAGAUGAUGGACAAAAUAUACGACAGCGCGCCGUGUGCCUCCUACUGACCCACAGGACCUUUCCUCCGACGACAGAUGGCCCGACAGCGACUCUCCAUCGCAGAACCACAGCUUAGCUCCCCUCUGUGCCUUUUGAUCCUGAAACUGCAAGACAAUUGUUGAAACCUCC